AUUGGCAAAUUAUUUCUAAACCCAAGCUUAACUUUCGAAAACGAUGAAAUUCCUCUGUUUGUUACUACUUUGUGCCUUAAGUAUGACACUAGCUAAGCCUCAAUAUCAACCUGAUAAUAAAAAGUUGCCUCAAAUUACCACAAUUGGUAAUGGUUCUUUUAAGCAGGGUAAUGUUAACUUUGAUGUCCGUCAACAAAUCUGGCAAAGUCCCAAUCAACGUCAUUCAAUCGAUGGUACUGGUGGUUAUUCAAGAAAUUGGGGUGAACCCAAACCGAUAGAUAAUCUUAAGAACUAUCGCGUUGGUGUUGGUUAUACUUAUAGAUUUAAAGGCUAAUGUUGCAAAUGUUUUUAAAGAAAUAGUAAUUAAUUUUUAGUGUAAUUAGAAUUUAAGAUGUACAUAGCAAAUAAUUAAAUAAAUCAUAAUAAUUAAAUUAUUAUAAU